AGAUGGAGUUGCUUGGUCUUCAACAAUGGGUUCUCAUUCUAUCCACUACUGUACUCACUUCAGUACUCUUGGCAGCCAUAGCCAAGAUUUCAAACAGAGGAAAUGGCAAAAAACUUCCUCCUGGAAGUAUGGGCCUGCCUCUGAUAGGUGAGACCUUUCAGUUCCUGAGGGCAUACAGACCACACAAAUUCAACAAUUGGAUGGACAUGAAAGCUGCAAAAUAUGGGCCAGUCUUCAAAACUUCUCUUCUGGGUUGCCCCACUGUGGUAUUCACAGGGCAGGCAGGCAACAAAUUUCUGUUCCAGAGCAAUGACAGCUGUGUGAUAAACAAGCAGCCCAUCACAGUGACCAGAAUAAUUGGGCAGAAUAAUCUUCUAGAACUCUCUGGAGAAGAUCACAGGCGCAUGAGAGGGGCCAUUAUGCAGUUCUUGAAGCCAGAGGCCUUGCAGAAAUUUGUGGGUAGAAUGGAGUCAGUUAUUCUUCGCCAUUUUGAGCAGUGUUGGGAAGGAAAAGAGACCAUUUUGCUCUGCCCUUUGAUGAGAAACCUUGCUUUUGAAGUUGCCACAGAUCUGCUCUUUGGACUGAAGGAGAGUGAGGAAAGAGAUAUACUUCACAAAGAAUUUAGUGAAGCAGAGAAGGGUGGGUGGUCUAUUCCUUUGGAUAUUCCAGGGACAAACUUUAGGAGGGGGUUGAAUGCUAGGGUUCGUAUAUGCAAGCGUUUGUCUUGUCUGUUGGAGGUGAGGAGGAGGGAGUUGGAACAAGGAUUGGCCUCCCCAGGCCAAGACUUGAUGACUUCUUUGCUCACUAUGAGAGAUGAGAAUAACAAGGCUCUCACAGAGGAGGAAAUCAUAGAUAACAUGAUGCUGGUCAUGUUUGCAGGCCAUGACUCUACUUAUGUUCUCCUGACACAUGUUAUCAGAGCCUUGGCCAUGCAUCCACAAGUCUAUCAAAACGUUCUUAAAGAACAUAUGGAGGUUCGACAAGGAAAACAAAUGAAUGAUCCUCUCACAUGGCAAGAGAUUCAAAAGAUGAAGUAUACAUGGAAGGUUGCCCAAGAAACUAUGCGGUUGACUCCUCCAGUGUUUGGUGGAUUUAAAAAAGCAAUUAAAGAUAUUGAAUAUAAAGGCUAUAUAAUUCCCAAAGGGUGGCAGUUAUGUUGGGGAACAACUACACAUUUUAAUAACGAGGUUUUUAAGGAACAAUUUUGAUCCAUCUCAUUUUGAUGGUCAAGUUCCACCUUAUAAUUUUGUACCAUUUGGAGGAGGAAUUCGAAUUUGUCCAGGAUCCGAUUUUACAAAGAUGGAGCUUAUAAUAGUUUUACACCAUGCAGUAACCAAAUACAAUUGGUCUUUAAUAAUUCCGAAUGAAAAAAUUAUAUGUGAUCCUAUGCCCACUCCUAAUAUGGGAUCACCAAUCAAAAUCCAAGCCAAGAACAAUUAAUUAUGUAUUGAGCACUUAGGAAAAAAGAUUUCAAGUCCACAUUUUUGGAGUUGAAUGACUAGAUAGACUUUUAAGAAUACUAAUCAUAAAUGGAAUCAAUGUGUUGGAUGUUUAUCUUGACCUUGGGCCCAAAUAAAUAGUCUAUACAUUAGACAUGUAAACAACUAUACCAUAUGGUGACUAGU